AUACGCAUAAACACAUACACGCACACACACAUACACAUACACAUAGACAUUUAUUUUCUAAUAAUAGAUCGUACCGUUAGAAAUUUCAAGUAAAUCGAAUAAAUAAAAGAACAAACACCAUUAGGAAACAUAAUCGGACAUGAUAAGUCGACGGAUCGAACGAUAGUCUACAUACAUAUACAUAUAUAUAUACGUAUAUAUAUAUAUAUAUAUCGGAUAGCGAAAGUUCUCCGUUUAAGCAUCACAAUGAUGAACGCCUUUCUCGAUGGCGUCUCCUCGCAUCCGCAUCACCUGGCGAACCUGGGGAUAAAGUUGUCACCGAGCGGAGGCGGUGGUAGCGGUGGUGGUGCCGGUUCGACGGCGGACGGCGGUCCCGGUGGUGUCCAACCGACGGCCGGUGAAGCACCGUCCCAACAACACCAUCAUUUCCAUCCCCAGGGUUAUCCACCGCAUCAUCCUCAUCCUGCUCCCCACAUGGCGCCUCAUAUGGGCCAUCACAUGAGCCAUCAUCCGGGUUACGCGGCUCGUGAUUUUUUAUUACGUCGGGAACACGAAUUCAACGCAACCGCGAAUCCUACCACUCCGGAAAGUGGCUUGGGCCUGUUCACGCCUCUUCAUCACGAUGGAACUGCAGCAGCAACGAUGCAACAAUUUCCUCAUCACCCGGCGCAACAUCCGCUGGCGGCCAGUCAUUAUCCUGGACAUUAUCCUCAAGAUUCUAGGCUACCACCUCAUCAUCAAUACCUAAGUGCGCCACAUUUGACGCCGGCGUCAAUACACCAUCAACAACAUCCAGGAGUUAGUCAUCCUAGUCACCAUCCUCAUGGUGCAUUCUUAAGGUACAUGAGGAGCAACGGUACAGGUGCUGGUAGUGGUCCCAAUACAGGGGUCGUACAAAACGGUGGACAGAGACAAGAAAUGUCUUGCAUGUGGGUCGACCAGGACGCACCAGGACCGGGAAGGAAACUCUGCGGUAAACUAUUCAACUCCUUACACGACAUCGUAACGCAUCUUACCGUCGAACACGUAGGCGGACCCGAGUGUACCACUCACGCCUGCUUUUGGCAAGGCUGUUCACGAAACGGCAGGGCAUUCAAGGCAAAGUACAAGCUUGUCAAUCACAUAAGGGUACACACUGGUGAAAAACCGUUUCCUUGCCCUUUCCCUGGUUGCGGAAAGGUAUUUGCCAGAUCGGAGAAUCUCAAGAUACACAAGAGAACCCAUACAGGUGAGAAACCAUUUAAAUGCGAAUAUUCGGGAUGUGAAAGGCGGUUCGCAAAUAGCAGUGAUCGCAAGAAACACAGUCAUGUUCACACCUCGGAUAAACCGUACAAUUGUCGAGUGUCAGGAUGCGACAAGUCUUACACACAUCCAAGCUCGUUGCGCAAACAUAUGAAGGUGCACGGUAUGACAUUGGGCGAGGGUAAGAUAGGUGGAGGGUACGAAAGCGAGGGCGAAGAGAGCAGCAGCAGCGGGGGUAGCUUGUCGGUGACCGGUCACACAGAGUCACCCCAACCACCACCGGUUGUCCCGACAACGACGACGUCGAACCCGCCUUCGAGUCACCCUGCAACCCGUGGAACUGAGUUGACGGAGUGGUACGUUUGCCAGCCGCCGACCGUUGCUCCACAACAUAGCCCAUUGCCAGGUCCUCCGCCUCCUCAUCAUCUCGGCCCUCAUCACUUCAAUCCUCUGAUGCAUCAUCAAGCGACCGCCUACUAAAAACAACAACAGCAACAACUACUACAAACACAACUUACGGCACCGCAGAUACCACUACCAUUACUACUACUACUACUACUACUAUUACUGUUACUAUUACUAGCACUACCACUACUACUACUACUACUACUAUUAUUACUGGUACAGGAUGGACCAAAAGUUUUUCAACGAUUUUAAAAAUCAAUUACUACCUUUCGUAGAGAUUUCCUUCUCGUUUUUUUUUUUUCUUUCAUAUUUUCCUUCUUUUUUUCUCUCUUUCGUCCACCAUCACAACGUCCAAUUUCUGGUAGUUUCAACUUACAAUUAGAAAAAGAUUUAAAAUGUAAUCUCGUUGAGAAGUAACCUUGCGUGUAAUUGAUUUUUAGAGUUGAUCGAAGAUAAUCGCCGUCUUUCGUCUAUAUUUAGAGAAACUUUUGACCCAGCCUAUUACUGCUCAUGAUUGUCGCCAUCAUCAGCAUCAUUACCACCACCACCACUACUACUACUACUACUAUUACUAUUACUACUACUACUACUACUAUUACUACUACUACUACUACUACUAUUACUACUACUACUACUACUACUACUACUACUACUACUACUAUUACUACUACUACUACUACUACUAUUACUAAUGUUAUCGCAAAAAUGACGUUUCACUGGACCUUUCUAAAUUAUGACAUUUCGAAGAACAUUUUUUACGAGCUUCACGAGAAAAGAAAUUACUGUCAUUUCAGUAUCAUUCGAUUUUUCGUAAUCUCGAGAACUAUACCGUCGCCGGUCCUCAAACGUUUCACUGUAACCUUUAGAAAACAUUAAUAUUUUUAAUUAAUCUUUAUGCAUUUUGUAAACUUGUAUCCAGCAAAAUUUCUUUGUAUCCCUUCGUCUCUUUUUUUUUUCUUUGUUUUUUAUCUCUUUCCUCCCCUCUUUUUCUUUUUUUGUUCUUUUCCUUAUCGCCGGCCGACACGAUCAAUACGAUUAGCAGGAUUGAAAAAAUAUCGGAUGGAUGUUUUUACUUUCUUUCUUUUUUUUUUAUUAUUAUUUUGUUUAAUAUAUUGUUUAAAUAUAUAAGAUAAAAUCCAAACCAAUCACAGACAAACGUUUUUUUGUUUAUUACGAUUUGAAGAAUCGUUCGAAACGUAUGCGAUUUAUAUGUUUGUUUUUGAUUUGUUUUUAAAAAAUAAAGAUAAGAUAGUGAGAGAGAGAGAGAGAGAGAGAGAGAGAGAGAGAGAGAGAGAGAGAGAAAGAGCAAGAAAGAGAGAGAGAGAGAGAGAGAGAAGAAAAAAUGGUAUAUUCUUUUCUGUAAAACUUUUGUAAAAACUAAUAUUCUAAGAUCCUUCUUAUUUUUUUCGUCUUAUCUACGGAAUGUUAUUAUCUAUGAACAUGUUAUCUACGAACAUAAAAAAAGAGUAAAUGAAAUAUCAGCGUAAAGAGAUAAAAUCAACAACAUUCGUACAUGCAUUCUUCUAAUUGCAUCGAAACAAUAUUCAACGUGAUCGAACGUGCAUUAGAUUGUACACAAGGAAUAAUUUUUAUCAAUAUCUCGAUCUCCUGAAAGCUAAGGAAAUAGAAAAAAAAAAAAUUAACAAAAAAAUAGAAAAAAAAAACAGAACAUUGCGGAAAAAAAAAGAAAUAAAAAUAGUGAAACAUGAUAACAAACCAAAUCGUAUAUAUCUUAUCGUUAAAACUUUCGCGCGUAAUAUGUCUGAUAAACCUAACUCCUGUGUAUGAAUGAAUUUACAAACGAAGUCAUUUUUUACGUAAUAAGGUAAUUUGUUAAAAAAAAAAAAAAAUAAAUAAAUAAAUAAAAAAAGUAAAAAAAAAUAAAAAAGAAAAAGAUAAAUAAAGAACAAUUAUGUGAGAGAAGGCAGAGCGUAAAUACCAAAAAAGAAAAAUAUUAAUAGAAAAAUAAAUGAAUAAAUAAGUAAAUAAAAAGAGAAAGAAAAUGUCUGAUCGGCGUACUAAAAGCGAAAGCCUAUAUAUAAUAAAACGAAACGAAAAGAAAAAAAAAUGAAAAAAAAAAAUGAAAAUAAAGA